GCGGGGCGCCCUGGGAUGAGUGAGGUGUGCCGAAGACGUUAGACGGAGACUCUGGCCCAGAGGAGAAGAAAUGGCUGGCAGGUGCCAGGAUGCUGUGAGCAUCGGGGAUGUGGUGGUGGUCUUCACUCCCGACGAGUGGACCCAGCUGAGCCCGGCCCAGCGGGCCCUGUACCAGGAGGUCAUGCUGGAGACCUACAGCCACCUGGUGGCUCUGGGACUCGUGGGACCCAAGCCAGAGCUGCGCCGAGGGGUGGUGGGCAGCAGCUCCUGCCUUGAUUGGCUGACAGUGCUCAAGAGUCAAAAGCCAAGUCUCCAGUCAGCACUUCCCAGAGAACCAGAGCCGCGGGAUGGAAGAACUCCGAGAGAGUUUCCGUGGCUGGAGCCCACCCGCCUGGCUGAGUGGGGAAGCAGAGACCAGCAGGGAGCCCGGCCACGCAGCCCUGCGACCCAGCAGGCGGCGUCCGAUGGGGUGGUUGGUGAGCAGAGAAGGGUGCGGCCGGGGAGGGGCUGCUCGCCCACCCUGGGGUCCGCCGCCGCCGUGCUCCCAAGCCCAGACCCCCCGCCCGGUGGGGCUGCCCUGGCCUGCGACGAGUGCGGGAAGAGAUUCUCCCGGAGCUCGUCCUUGCAGCGGCACCGCCGGGCGCACGGUACCAGGCCACCGGCGCCCGCCCCGCGCAGGGAGAAGCGCUACGAGUGCAGGGAGUGCGGCAAGGCCUUCCACCAGAGCACGCACCUCAUCCACCACCAGCGGGUGCACACGGGCGAGCGGCCCUACGAGUGCAAGGAGUGCGGCAAGGCCUUCUCGGUGAGCUCGUCCCUCACCUACCACCAGAAGAUCCACACGGGCGAGAAGCCCUUCGCGUGCCAGCUGUGCGGGAAGGCCUUCAUCCGAAACAUCCACCUGGCGCACCACCAGCGGCUGCACACGGGCGAGAAGCCCUUCCGCUGCGACACCUGCGACAAGGCCUUCGUGUGCCGGGCGCACCUCACUAAGCACCAGAACACGCACAGCGGCGACAAGCCCUACAAGUGCGGCGACUGCGGCAAGGCCUUCAGCCAGAGCACCAGCUUCCUGCAGCACCAGCGCAUCCACACGGGCGAGAAGCCCUUCGAGUGCCACGAGUGCGGCAAGGCCUUCCGCGUCAACUCGUCGCUCACCGAGCACCAGCGCAUCCACACGGGCGAGAAGCCCUACCGCUGCGCCGAGUGCGGCAAGGCUUUCCGCGACAACUCCUCCUUCGCGCGCCACCGCAAGAUCCACACGGGCGAGAAGCCCUACCGCUGCGGCCUGUGCCACAAGGCCUUCCGGGACCAGUCGGCGCUGGCCCAGCACCAGCGCACCCACACGGGCGAGAAGCCCUACGCCUGCCCCAGCUGUGGGAAGGCCUUCAGCGACCACUCGGCGCUCACGCAGCACAAGCGCAUCCACACGCGCGAGAAGCCCUACGCUUGCAAGGUGUGCGGGAAGGCCUUCCUGCGCAGCACCCACCUCACGCAGCACCAGCGCAUCCACACCGGCGAGAAGCCCUACAAGUGCUCCCGCUGCGGGAAGGCCUUCAACCAGACGGCCAACCUCAUCCAGCACCAGCGGCACCACGGGGCCGAGAAGUGAUGGUGGGCGAGGCCCUGUACGGGGCUGGCCGAGGACCCCCUCUGUGGACAGACUCUGGAGUUG